AAUGGGAAUUUGUUGUUCACAAUAACCAGGAGGAUUUAUUUAAAAUGUUGAGUUCAGAUAAUUUGAACCAGAAUAGAUUCCUACAUUAGUUCCAUAAUAAAUAAAUUUUGAAGAGCAUGAGGAAGAAAUUAUAACAAUCCAAAAAUCAAUAAGAAAGAAAAAAGCAAAAAAAGUUGCAGCUUAGAUGAAAGAAGAGGCUGAAAAAGAAAAACCUGGAGAUUUUUGGGUCUAAAGUAAAGAGCCAAAAUCUUUGGAAUAGAAUGUUUAGAUAACAUAUAAUAAGUUGGGCAAGUUUAAAUUUGAUAAAAAGUUGCCCUAAGAAUUUAAUGAAUGCAGAUUUUUUAUGCCUCAUGUAUAAAAUGAUAAUAUCAAUUUAGGAACAUAAAAAAAACUCUGGAAAUAUUUAUGUAGGUUAAUGGUUAUAGAGAUUGAGGCAUGGAAGAGGAAAAUAGUAUUUUGCUGAUGGGUCAAUUUAUGAAGGAUAUUGGAAAUUUGAUUAAGCUAAUGGAAGAGGCAGAAUUAUUCACUCAAAUGGUAACGCCUAUGAUGGAUAAUGGAAAAAUAAUUCUGCAAAUGGUUAUGGGAUAUUUUAUGAAUUUGAUGGUUCCUAAUAUUAAGGAGAAUGGUUAUAAGAUUAAAAGGUUUUUAUAUUUUUUAGAGUAGCAUGGCUAAGGUAAAGAGAUUUUAAAUGAUGGAAGCUAAUUUGAAGGGAUAUUUAAGGAAGGAAAGAAAUAGGGUAAGGGUAUCGCCAAAUUUCCUAAUGGGGAUAUAUAUACUGGAUAAUUUGAGAAUGAUUAAAUUUCAGGUUUUGGUGAAUUGAUUUUUGCAGAUGGAAAACGUUAUAAAGGACAUUUUAAAGAUGGGAAAAUGCAUGGCAAAGGACAUUUUAUAUGGCCUGAUGGCAGAGAAUAUGAAGGUUAAUAUUACAAUGAUCUUAAACAUGGGGAAGGAGAAUUUAGAUGGGGUGAUGGAUCAAAAUAUAUAGGGUAGUUUCGAGAAGGAAAAUAACAUGGUAAAGGAAUUUUUAUGGAUAAAAAUGGAUAACAAUGUGGAAGUUAAUGGAGUGAAGGUAAGGAAAAAAGGCAAAAAAGUGAAUAGUGAUU